UGUUUGCGUGAAAGUUCAGAGGUGAAAGGGCUUGACAGUGUGAGCUGCGUGUGUUACCACAUGGCUGGCCAGAUUGUUUUUGCUAGUUAGAUAGGUUUAUGGUGCCUGAUAUCAAAAUAUAUAGUACGUGGGAGGUUCAUUUUUAACGUUUAGAUUAACCAUGGACGAAGACACGCUGCAUUACAAAUCAAAGAAAAAGGGUAUGAAAAGAGUGCGGGGUGAUCAUGUCAAUAUAACACAAACGGAUUGCGAGUCUCUCAAGAGGCAGAAAAAUCUUAAGAGAGUGUCGGCAUUAGGCGAAAAAGAAGAAUCGGAGAGACUUCUGGAAGAACUGGUUUUCGGUGCCGAAGAGGAGUUACUGGAAAAACUGAACAACGAGCAUGACGACUAUAUGCAUGGGAACUUGCUAAGCAACGACUCCGACGAAUCGGAAGCUGAAAAUGAAGCGCGGCUGGCGGUGCCGCCUCCCAGGAAGGCGGCUUGGGAAGACGAGGAAGAUGCCAUUGAGAAAGAAAUAGAUAUCAACCGCUGCAAACGUGCCGGCAUCAUGGCAGGCACUGCAGGGAUACACUCAAAAGAAAAACUGCAAAGGAAACUUAGAGAACAGUUCCAGCGAGCAAUGGGUGGAGCUCCGUCAUGGGCAGAGAAGCACAUGAAGAAGAGAAAAGCCAAGGAUGAUGAAGCAAGUGAUGAAGAUAACGACUUGUUGUGCAAGACGGGUAACUUUGUGGCUGUCUCAGAGACGCUCCCCAAAGGCACUAUACAGAUGAAGAACUGCUUAAAUGCGAAUAAUGAUCGGCUUUCUUCAGGAAAGUUAAGUACUGUGCAGUUUCACCCCUCGGCACAAGUGGUUAUGACUGCAGGAUUCGAUCAGUCCGUCUCUCUCUUCCAGGUUGAUGGAAGGACCAACCCUAAGAUCCAGAGUGUUUUCCUGGAGAACUUUCCCGUAUACGAAGCCCGCUUCAGCGCCGACGGAGAGCAGGUGGUGGCCACCAGCAGUCACAAUAAGCUCUUCUACGUCUAUGACAUGAUAGAGGGUCGGGUCGUCCCCGUACAGGGGGUCCGAGGUUUGGAAGAGAAGAAGCUCAAGGAAUUUGAGGUUUCCCCAGACGGGAACCUUCUUCUCUUUGUAGGCUCUUCCGGAUAUUUUCACUUGCUGACGAUGAAGACUAAGGAAUUAGUUUGCAGCAUGAAGAUAAACGGGGAAGUCACGGGCGCGGCAUUCUCCCCUGACGGCAGCAAAAUCUACGUCGGCUCAGACGUCGGAGAGGUUUUCGUUUGGAGUGUAAAAAGCCGGAGAUGCUUGAACAAGCUAACGGAUGAUGGCAGCUUGAAGCUAACUGCACUUUCUGUGUCCAAGAAUGGACAGUAUCUGGCUUGUGGGUCCAGCUCAGGAGUGGUGAAUGUUUACUCCAGUGACGCUUGCCUGCAGGAGUCAAACCCCAAGCCCCUCAAGGCCGUCAUGAACUUGCUGACCCCCAUUUCUUCCCUGCGAUUUAACCCCACCACUGAAAUUCUUGCCAUCGCCUCUAAUGCGGCAGAUGAAGCUGUUCGACUGGUCCACAUCCCCAGCUUCACUGUGUUUUCCAACUACCCCGUGUUUCGGAAGAAGACGGUCUAUCUCCCGCAGUGCCUGGACUUCUCUCCAAACAGCGGCUUCUUCUCCGUAGCGAAUAACAAAGGGAAGGCCUUGCUGUACAGGCUGAAGCAUUACACAGACUUCUGAUGAAAGCCUAGUGUCCAGAAAACCAGGUGACUCACCUAACUGAGGUCUUCAGCUUCUCCGUCGUACCUGUCAUUCUGGCCCAAUAUCCAGCUCCUGGUUUCCAAGCCAGUCAGUCUGAGGUUGCAGAAUUAUUUUUAAGAAUACAAGCCAGAAGUUUUCUUUUUUUUUAAAACUGCAAAUACUGAAAGUGAUAUGGAUUAUAAAUACUUCUUGGUAUAGUAUUAAUCAACGUCUCCAUAUGGUUAUGUUUUAUAGUUGCAUUACAUACUGCAAAUAAAAUAUUUGCUUUGUAAUCUA